UGUGAAAUCGCUCCUAUGUUAUGUGCAGCUAGUUUCCUCUGUUACAGGUCUGCAAAAUCAACUCGGAUCAUUUAUUUAAGAAUUCAACCGUUAAGAUGGACCGGGAAAAAAAAGUGGCCAUCGCUUGUGUCUUCAUUAUUGUCUCUGUUGUCAUUAUUGUUCCAUCAGUGCUUCUCUCUCCUCAAACCUCCCAGUUCAGGUCAAAAUUCAGGAAGAGAUGUCAGGCAUUCCCAGAGACAACCCAAAGGUAAGCCUUUGUGUUUAAAAUGACUUCGUGUUUGAUCAAAUACCAUUCGCUCCACAGCCAGUUUCCACUCUAUUGGGUUUUUUUUCUUCCCAGAUGUGACGAUCUAUUGAGGUUGUUUGAGGAGGCUUAUGUGGGGCUGGACUCGUGCAACUUUCCGUCGUAUGCCUAUGACCGGCUGUUUUUGGAGUACCGCUUCACACACUCAUGUGACAAAACAAUGUUCUGGAGCAAAACCAAACCUCUGGUCCAUGAGUUUACUAAGAAGAGGGAUAAUUUUAUCACCUUAGAGGACACGCUGCUGGGCCACAUAAUGAAUGGUCAGUCCUGGUGCGGAAAGAAGGACAGCAAAGAAACGUUCAUCUAUUUGUGUGAAAAGUGCAAAAACAACCCUGUGACUUCAUUCUGGGAGAAAGCAUCAGCUGAAUUUGCAGAUUAUGCCUGUGGGGGUGCCAGGGUAAUGCUAGACGGACGGACCCAGGAACCAUUUAAUUCUAGCAGUUGUUUUGGUGAGAUUGAAUUGAAGAGACUCGUUUAUCCCAGGGUGUUUAACCUGAAGGUCAUUUUGCUUGCUAAAGACAAUAACUUAAACUGUAACCGAGAGUCUCUGCAGCUGUUGCAGAAAAUGCUGAAUCCAUACAUCGCCUACAGCUGCAAGGCUGUAACUGAGUCCAGUAUCCAGAACUGCAUUGAAAAGGGUUUAACCAAAGAGGCCUGCUGGAGUUAA